CACUCCUCUGAAAGACUCUGACCUGUGUGUGGGAAUUAUACUUGUGGUUUUGUUUUUACUCAUAUCUCGCUAAACAGCCAGAAUAUAAAACUCAUGCAGAACUUUUACAAUGUUCAGAUGCUGGAAUCUGCUGCUGCUUUGUCUCGUCUAUCACAGCGGAAUCACCUCUAUAUCUGUGUCAGGAGAAAAGGGAGGAAACAUCACACUGACAUGUGAACAUGAGACCAAUAAAAUUGUACACAUUGAGUUAUUCAGUGAACCAGGAGAAAUUGAUGUGUGUCAGGAUGAAGAAUGUAGUGGACGAGUGUUUAAAGAAGGAAACUGUGACGUCGUCAUCAAGAAUCUGAGCUUCAGUGACGCUGGGAAAUAUAUUUUGAGAAUGUAUUACAAUAAUGAUCUGACAGAGCUGGAGCGACUAAUCAGGACGUACCAACUUCAUAUUCAUGAUGAGAUUACUGUGAAAACAGGCGAGGAGCUGAAGAUGUCUGUUCUGUUGUCUAAUGCUGAUAAAGUGGAGAAAAGCUCUAGUGGAGAGUGGAGGGAGGUUUGGAGCAGAACUGAUGGGGUUCAGAGCGAUCGACUGAAUGUUACUGAUGGGAACCUGAUCUUUAAAUCGUUUACAGCCAGUGAUGCAGGAACAUACAGAGUUCUGGAUUCAAAAGAAAAAACACUGAUCACAGUGACAAUAACAGAAUCAAAGGAAAAGCUGGACACUGAACAACACAGGAAUUGGAUUGUGCCAGUUUUAGUGUGUUUGGUGAUUCUGGUGGUUCUGAUUGUAAUUUCUGUCAUCAUAUGGCGACGUCGGCACAGAGCUCACACACAGGUUCCAGCAGAGGAGAAUCAAGAGCCCCCACUGGGACUGGAGGAACUAUAAUGAUCUUCACUGAAAGUG